GGCGGAAAAACAGGUGGUGGCCGUUGCAUCCACAUCCAGCUCCGGCUCCGAGCCCAGCAGCCAGCGAGAGCCAGCCUCGUCUCCGACCCCCAACCCAAUCCAAUGGUCCUCCGGAGCAGAGCAGAGCACGGGCUGCUGCUGCUGCCUCACGCGCCCCCGCCUCUCGGCCUCGGCCUUGACCUGCCCCCGGCACGACGCGAUGCCCCCCGCCCCCGCACCGCACCGGAUACAUGGAUGGUAUUGGUGGGCAGCGGGGAAGGAAAGGAGACGCCCUGCUGACGCCACCACGCGCCCCCGGUCUCCCCUCCUCCUCCUCCUCCCCGCCCCCGCCCGGAUCUCGCCUCCUCCCCUCCCCACCCUCCGCCGCCGCCGUGCUCGCCCUCCCGGCCUCCCGUGACCCCGCUGCGGGCCCGGGCGCCGGGCUGCCGGCCGCGCCCCGCCCCGCCGGCGCGAUGGACGGCGGCGGGGAGCCGCUGCUUGUGCGGAGGAGCAAGGACAGGAAGAAGAGGCCCGCGGCGGCUGCGGCGGCGCACGCGGAGAGGGACGCCGGCGCCGGGGACAGGUUCCGCUCUCUCUGGCGCGACUACAACGACCUGGUGCAGCAUUUGCUGCAGGAGACCGAGGCAAAGAACAAGAAGCUAGUGAGCGCAAACCGGACAAAGCUCGCCCUCCUUGCUGAAGUCAAGUUCUUGCGAAGGAAGUACGGAUCCUUUGUCAAGAGCAAUUCGCAGAAGACACGUUACAAGCUGAAGAAGAAGGCUCGGUACAUUCCAUCUCCGUUGGGAAGGGCUUCAGCAUUUGAAGAUCAUGAUGAUGUGGCCAGGACUGAAGGGCCUUCGUCUAGCAAAAACCCAAAUUUUGACUUGAAUCAAGGAUCUCUAGUGAAUGAUGAGGGGAAUGAUUGCCAGGGGCAUAGGGGCCAUCUAGAACCUGAUCAGCUUGAUCAAGUCGGGGUGGAAGAAGAGAUGAUUGCAGCAGAUGUCAAAUUAUCUGUUUGUAGGGAUACAGGAAACUCUCCGGCAAGUGACGGUAAAAGGGCGAUCCCAUGGCAAGACCGGAUGGCGUUGAAGACCUAAUAUUGGUUAAUAAGAAAUAACUAUCUUCUAUGAUAAUUGAUUACCCAUGCUAUACCCCCAAAUGCUCAGUAGUCUCUGUACAGGAACAAUCAGUAAGGAUAGUAGAUAGUUAUAUGCAUGGUGACAUGGUGCAAUGCCUGAUUGAAAAAUUCAGAUGGUUGCUCUUAUGCAAGUUUGACAUGAGAAUUGUGGUGCUAUGAAUGAAUUCUGUCCAGAUUUCAGGAUGACUACAUUGAAUUCGCUUUUGUGCA